AUGUCGGAGAGCGUGGCCGAGGCGCCGGGAGACGGGAGCCCUGUGGCGCUCGCCGAGACGGACACCAGCCAUGAGCUCCUGCAGCGGCUGCGGGAGCUGGAGGCGGAGAACUCGGCCCUGGCCCAGGCCAACGAGAACCAGCGGGAGACGUACGAGCGCUGCCUGGACGAGGUUGCCAACCAUGUGGUGCAGGCGCUGCUCAACCAGAAGGACCUGCGCGAGGAGUGCAUCAAGCUGAAGAAACGGGUCUUCGACCUGGAGCGCCAGAACCAGGCGCUGAGUGACCUCUUCCAGCAGAAGCUGCAGCUCUCGGCCGGAUCCUUGCCCCAGCUGCCGCUGCACCCGGUGCCGGUGCCCCCGGACGCCCCGGCCAGCCCCCAGCCAGGCUCCGCUGAGCAGCCGCCCCCCCCGCUGCCCCCCGGCCGCUGCGUCCCCCCGCCGGAGGUGACCCCGUCGGUGCCGUCAGGCAGCCCUGGGCUCAGCCCCGGUGCCCCCCCCCUGGACGCCCUCUCCCCCUUCUUCAAGAAGAAAGCCCAGAUCCUGGAGGUGCUGCGCAAGCUGGAGGAGACGGACCCGCUGCUGGGGCCCCCCCCGGCCUCCCCCGGCUCCCCCGAGCCCUGCGCCGCUGCGCCGCCGCGGGGGGCCCUGCUCAGCGCCUUGGCUGAGCGGCUGCUGCGGGGAGAGGGGGGGUGCUGCCGGCGCAACGGCGAAGCCCCUGGGGGCCCCCCCCGGCAGCGGCAUGGCGAGCACCCCGCUUUCCUGGGGCUCUACGCCCCGGGCGAGGAGAGCCCCGAGGGGGGCUUUGCCCCGCUCUCGCCCGGGGGGGACACCAACCCCCUGCCUUGCCCCCCAAAGGUGCUCAAGCUGCCGCCCCCCCCCGGGGCGCUGCGCCUCAGCCCCCAGCUCGCCCGUGCCUCCAAGAUCCCCUGCCGCGGCGGCAACCUCGAGGCCUCGCCGGCGCUCAGCCGCCACGCCUCCCCCGACGCCCCCCCGGAGCCCGGCUCCCCCGAGCCCCCCGCCUUCCCCCCGCCACGCACCUACGAGGCGGCUGAGCAGCCCCCCGGGCCGCCGGGCCCCCCCGGCAGCGGGGAGCGGGCGGCCGCCUCCCCCCCCAGUGCCCGCCGUGGCACGGGGGGCUCGGCCCCCUCCCGCCGCCCUGGCAAGAAGCCCCCCGAGCCGGGCUACCUGCCCUUCAAGGAGCGCCUGGCUGCCCUGGGCAAGCUGCGGGGGGCCGAGGGCCGCGAGCCCCCCGGCCCGGGGCGGCCCGAGCGAGGCCACGGGGCCGAGCCGCGGCCCCCUCCCCGGGGCGGUUUGGGGGGCAGCCUGAAGCACCCCGAGCCGGCACACGGUGGGGAGCCCCUGGCCCGCUGCUACUCCUCCGGCUCCAUGGGCGAGCCCAGCAAGGUGGGGGGCAAGGGACGCCCCGCCGGCGGCAGGACCCCACCGCGGGCCCCCCCGGCCCCCCCUGCCAAGGCCGCCCGCAGCCCCCAUGGCAGCCCCACCAAGCUGCCCACCAAGGCGGGUGCUGGCAAAGCCGGGACACCACGGGGCGAGGAGCCGGCGGGUGCCAAGGCGGCAGGGGUGCCCCGCAAAGCACCACCGGCCCCCGAGCCCCCCGGCACAGGACCGGUGCCGGGCGCCGCCGGGCACUCGGCCAUCGAGGAGAAGGUGAUGAAGGGCAUCGAGGAGAACGUGCUGCGGCUGCAGGGGCAGGAGCGGGCGCCGGCGGGUGAAGCCAAGGGGAAGGCGGCCGGCGGCUUGGCCAGCUGGUUCGGGCUGCGCCGCAGCAAGCUGCCGGCUCUGAGCCGUCGCGGCGAUGGCGGCCGGGGCCGGGAGUGGGCCGGGACACCGGCUCCCCUGCGUCGGGAGGUGAAGUUGGCCGCCCGCAAGCUGGAAGCUGAGAGCCUCAACAUCUCGAAGCUGAUGGAGAAGGCGGAGGAUCUGCGCAAGGCGCUGCGGGAGGAGCACGCCUUCCUGCAGGGGCUGGCGCUGGAGAAGGGGCGCCCGCGCGGGCCCCCCCGCGGCCCCGGCCACCUCCCGGUGAUGUACCAGGAGGUGACAGCUGAGACCUUCAUGCAGCAGCUGCUCGACAGGGUGGACGGGAAGGACGUGCCCUACGAGAGCCGCCUGGAGCACAAGCGGGAGCUGUGUGACCUCCGGCGGGUCCCCCCCGACGCCAAAGACCCCCGGCUCUGCCGCCCACCCCGCAACGGCAUCGUGGGACACCUGCGGGAGCCCCUGGACAAGGUGCCUGACGUGGGGCUCCGGGACGAGCUGCCGUCGGACGAGAGCUUGUCCGAGUCAGGGACGUCGCAGCACUUUGCCGCCUGUGGGUCGCUGACGCGGACGCUGGACAGUGGGAUCGGGACCUUCCCACCCCCUGACUACGGGGGGGUCCCUGCCAAGAGCACCCCCAAACCACGGGGCCGCCCUGAGCCGCUGCCUGGUGCCGUGCCGGCGCGGCCGCCCGCCAUCACCAAAGUGCCGCGCAAGGCCCGGACACUGGAGCGGGAGGUGCCCAGCGCGGAGGAGCUGCUGGUGGCCGGCAAACACCGGAGCGCCCCGGCAUGCCGCCCUGUGGCCCCCCCCGGCCCGCACAGCCACCGCGCUGGUCCCCAAGAUGCCGGUGACGAUGCCGGGAAGCCACGGCGUGUCCAGCAGAGCAAGAACUGGACCUUCCCCAAUGCCAAAGCCUGCGGCGCCGCCGACCCCUUCCUCUGCCCCCCCGGGGGGCUGGAGGGGCUGCACCGCCCCACACUGGCGCCCGUGUGCAGCCCGGCGGGGUGUCGAGGGGCGUCCCCGGAGGCCCCCCCGCCGCUGCCCCCCACCCUGAGCGCCAGCAGCAGCCGGACACCCAGCGCCUCGGACGUGGGGGACGAGGGCAGCACGGAGGCCCGGUCACGGGACGGGGGGCACGGCCCCCCGGGGCUGGAGCACUCCGAGUCGCUCAGUGACUCCCUCUACGACAGCCUCUCCUCCUGCGGCAGCCAGGGCUGA